AUGAAGCAGCUUCAACAUUUUACCCAUUCGGAGCAUUCGUUGGUCUUAAAUGAAGACAUAAUUUACGGCGAAGAUUGUUAUGGGUGCAAUGAACCAAUAUUGGGUCCUAGCUACAGUUGUAAAGAAUGCAAUUGGUACAUGCUUUAUAAAUCAUGUGCAGAACUACCCCUUGGGUUGCUGCACCAUCCCUUGCACCCAUUACAUCCUCUUAUUCUCUUUAAUGAAUGGGCAAAUCAUCCUGAGGGAGAAAAGAGCAAUUGCGAAGUCUGCAAAGAAAUGCAUGAGGAAUACUGUUAUUUUUGUUAUCGAUGCAACUUUAAGCUUCACAUUAAAUGUGGUUCUUUACCAUUCACCAUGGAAGCAGAAGUAGAAGUCCACGACCACCCAUUAAUUGCCAUUUGGAAGAGGAUGAUGUUCACUUGUGACCUUUGUGGCAAAGAAGAUAAAGGAAUGUCCUAUGUGUGUAACGCAUGUGGUUUCUUCAUUCAUAGAAGAUGCGCUUACUCUAUCCCAAGCAGACUCAAAGUCGUACGGCACAAUCACCCCCUCAACCUCAUCCAUUCUCUUGAACUCCAUCAAUCUAACUCCCAAUUAUGUCAACUCUGUUUUCUAAAAGUGGACACAAACUAUGGCCUUUACUAUUGCUCUAGAUGCAAUUUGGCUGUCCACCUCGAUUGUGCUACUGGCGAGGGAAACAUGGAGGACAUAAAUUUGCUGGAACUUAAAAAGGAGGAGUCCGUCGAGUCAAAAGCUAUGCUAGAAAAUGUAGAUUCAAAGCUCGAUCAAUCUGUUGACUCAAAAAUUUGCAAAGUCAUAAAAACCACUAUGAGGGAGGACGGAACUGAAAUUGCCACAAAAAUCAAACACUUUAGCCAUAAGCAUGACUUAAAGCUUACUAAUGAGGUUCCAAAUAACAAAAUUUGCAACAGGUGCAUACGAGCUAUUCUCUCUCCAUCUUUUUACAAUUGUGUCAAAUGUAACUUCUUUCUUCAUAAAUCUUGUAUUAAAUUACCCAAAAUAAAACGACACCCACUUCAUCAACACCCACUCACCCUCACUUACAGGGAAAAUGGAACUUCGUGUAAUGCCUAUUGGCAGUUGUGCAAUGGCUUUCUCUACAGAUGUAAGAGAUGCAACUUUGAUCUUAAUGUUCAAUGUAGUUUGAUCUUAAACACCCUUAGUCAUGCCUGUCACGAGCAUCCUCUUUACCUCUCUGUCACAAACAAUGGACAAAAGUGUAGUAUAUGUGGUUUUGAACAAUACCGAGUAUUCCAUUAUACCACUUGUGAAUUUGUCCUAGACUUCAAAUGUGCUACACUACCACAAACCGCAUGGUACUACCAACAUGAGCAUCCCUUCACUCUCUGUUAUACUCCUGAAGAUGACUACGAUGAAUAUUACUGUGAUAUUUGUGAAGAAGAACGAGAUUCCAAGCAAUGGUUCUACUACUGUGAAGAUUGCAGUUAUCCUGCUCAUUCCAAUUGUAUUAUUGGGGAAGCACCAAAUUACAAGGAACACAUAUAA